AUGCAGUGUGAAUGGUUUGACGUCAGGUUUGACGUCAGGUUUGAGGUCAGGUUUGAGGUCAGGUUUGACGUCAGGUUUGAGGUCAGGUUUGACGUCAGGUUUGACGUCAGGUUUGACGUCAGGUUUGAGGUCAGGUUUGAGGUCAGGUUUGACGUCAGGUUUGACGUCAGGUUUGAGGUCAGGUUUGAGGUCAGGUUUGAGGUCAGGUUUGAGGUCAGGUUUGAGGUCAGGUUUGACGUCAGGUUUGACGUCAGGUUUGACGUCAGGUUUGACGUCAGGUUUGACGUCAGGUUUGAGGUCAGGUUUGACGUCAGGUUUGACGUCAGGUUUGAGGUCAGGUUUGACGUCAGGUUUGAGGUCAGGUUUGACGUCAGGUUUGACGUCAGGUUUGACGUCAGGUUUGAGGUCAGGUUUGACGUCAGGUUUGACGUCAGGUUUGACGUCAGGUUUGAGGUCAGGUUUGAGGUCAGGUUUGACGUCAGGUUUGAGGUCAGGUUUGAGGUCAGGUUUGAGGUCAGGUUUGAGGUCAGGUUUGACGUCAGGUUUGACGUCAGGUUUGACGUCAGGUUUGACGUCAGGUUUGAGGUCAGGUUUGAGGUCAGGUUUGACGUCAGGUUUGAGGUCAGGUUUGAGGUCAGGUUUGAGGUCAGGUUUGAGGUCAGGUUUGAGGUCAGGUUUGACGUCAAGUUUGAGGUCAGGUUUGAGGUCAGGUUUGAGGUCAGGUUUGAGGUCAGGUUUGAGGUCAGGUUUGAGGUCAGGUUUGACGUCAGGUUUGACGUCAGGUUUGAGGUCAGGUUUGAGGUCAGGUUUGAGGUCAGGUUUGACGUCAGGUUUGAGGUCAGGUUUGAGGUCAGGUUUGAGGUCAGGUUUGAGGUCAGGUUUGAGGUCAGGUUUGAGGUCAGGUUUGACGUCAGGUUUGAGGUAAGGUUUGAGGUAAGGUUAGAGGUCAGGUUUGAGGUCAGGUUUGAGGUCAGGUUUGAGGUCAGGUUUGAGGUCAGGUUUGACGUCAGGUUUGAGGUCAGGUUUGACGUCAGGUUUGAGGUCAGGUUUGACGUCAGGUUUGACGUCAGGUUUGAGGUCAGGUUUGACGUCAGGUUUGACGUCAGGUUUGAGGUCAGGUUUGACGUCAGGUUUGAGGUCAGGUUUGAGGUCAGGUUUGACGUCAGGUUGGACGUCCGGUUUGAGGUCAGGUUUGAGGUCAGGUUUGAGGUCAGGUUUGACGUCAGGUUUGAGGUCAGGUUUGAGGUCAGGUUUGACGUCAGGUUUGACGUCAGGUUUGAGGUCAGGUUUGAGGUCAGGUUUGAGGUCAGGUUUGACGUCAGGUUUGACGUCAGGUUUGACGUCAGGUUUGACGUCAGGUUUGACGUCAGGUUUGACGUCAGGUUUGAGGUCAGGUUUGACGUCAGGUUUGACGUCAGGUUUGAGGUCAGGUUUGACGUCAGGUUUGAGGUCAGGUUUGACGUCAGGUUUGACGUCAGGUUUGACGUCAGGUUUGAGGUCAGGUUUGACGUCAGGUUUGACGUCAGGUUUGACGUCAGGUUUGAGGUCAGGUUUGAGGUCAGGUUUGACGUCAGGUUUGAGGUCAGGUUUGAGGUCAGGUUUGAGGUCAGGUUUGAGGUCAGGUUUGACGUCAGGUUUGACGUCAGGUUUGACGUCAGGUUUGACGUCAGGUUUGAGGUCAGGUUUGAGGUCAGGUUUGACGUCAGGUUUGAGGUCAGGUUUGAGGUCAGGUUUGAGGUCAGGUUUGAGGUCAGGUUUGAGGUCAGGUUUGACGUCAAGUUUGAGGUCAGGUUUGAGGUCAGGUUUGAGGUCAGGUUUGAGGUCAGGUUUGAGGUCAGGUUUGACGUCAGGUUUGACGUCAGGUUUGAGGUCAGGUUUGAGGUCAGGUUUGAGGUCAGGUUUGACGUCAGGUUUGAGGUCAGGUUUGAGGUCAGGUUUGAGGUCAGGUUUGAGGUCAGGUUUGAGGUCAGGUUUGAGGUCAGGUUUGACGUCAGGUUUGAGGUAAGGUUUGAGGUAAGGUUAGAGGUCAGGUUUGAGGUCAGGUUUGAGGUCAGGUUUGAGGUCAGGUUUGAGGUCAGGUUUGACGUCAGGUUUGACGUCAGGUUUGACGUCAGGUUUGAGGUCAGGUUUGACGUCAGGUUUGAGGUCAGGUUUGAGGUCAGGUUUGACGUCAGGUUUGAGGUCAGGUUUGAGGUCAGGUUUGACGUCAGGUUGGACGUCCGGUUUGAGGUCAGGUUUGAGGUCAGGUUUGAGGUCAGGUUUGACGUCAGGUUUGAGGUCAGGUUUGAGGUCAGGUUUGACGUCAGGUUUGACGUCAGGUUUGAGGUCAGGUUUGAGGUCAGGUUUGAGGUCAGGUUUGACGUCAGGUUUGACGUCAGGUUUGACGUCAGGUUUGACGUCAGGUUUGACGUCAGGUUUGACGUCAGGUUUGAGGUCAGGUUUGACGUCAGGUUUGACGUCAGGUUUGAGGUCAGGUUUGACGUCAGGUUUGAGGUCAGGUUUGACGUCAGGUUUGACGUCAGGUUUGACGUCAGGUUUGACGUCAGGUUUGACGUCAGGUUUGACGUCAGGUUUGACGUCAGGUUUGACGUCAGGUUUGAGGUCAGGUUUGAGGUCAGGUUUGAGGUCAGGUUUGACGUCAGGUUUGACGUCAGGUUUGACGUCAGGUUUGACGUCAGGUUUGAGGUCAGGUUUGACGUCAGGUUUGAGGUCAGGUUUGACGUCAGGUUUGAGGUCAGGUUUGAGGUCAGGUUUGACGUCAGGUUUGAGGUCAGGUUUGACGUCAGGUUUGAGGUCAGGUUUGAGGUCAGGUUUGACGUCAGGUUUGAGGUCAGGUUUGACGUCAGGUUUGAGGUCAGGUUUGAGGUCAGGUUUGACGUCAGGUUUGAGGUCAGGUUUGAGGUCAGGUUUGACGUCAGGUUUGACGUCAGGUUUGAGGUCAGGUUUGACGUCAGGUUUGAGGUCAGGUUUGAGGUCAGGUUUGACGUCAGGUUUGACGUCAGGUUUGAGGUCAGGUUUGACGUCAGGUUUGAGGUCAGGUUUGAGGUCAGGUUUGAUGUCAGGUUUGAGGUCAGGUUUGACGUCAGGUUUGAGGUCAGGUUUGACGUCAGGUUUGACGUCAGGUUUGAGGUCAGGUUUGAGGUCAGGUUUGACGUCAGGUUUGACGUCAGGUUUGAGGUCAGGUUUGACGUCAGGUUUGAGGUCAGGUUUGAGGUCAGGUUUGACGUCAGGUUUGACGUCAGGUUUGAGGUCAGGUUUGACGUCAGGUUUGAGGUCAGGUUUGACGUCAGGUUUGAGGUCAGGUUUGAGGUCAGGUUUGAGGUCAGGUUUGACGUCAGGUUUGACGUCAGGUUUGACGUCAGGUUUGAGGUCAGGUUUGAGGUCAGGUUUGACGUCAGGUUUGACGUCAGGUUUGACGUCAGGUUUGGGGUCUGGUUUGAGGUCAGGUUUGAGGUCAGGUUUGAGGUCAGGUUUGAGGUCAGGUUUGAGGUCAGGUUUGACGUCAGGUUUGACGUCAGGUUUGACGUCAGGUUUGGGGUCUGGUUUGAGGUCAGGUUUGAGGUCAGGUUUGACGUCAGGUUUGAGGUCAGGUUUGAGGUCAGGUUUGAGGUCAGGUUUGAGGUCAGGUUUGACGUCAGGUUUGACGUCAGGUUUGACGUCAGGUUUGAGGUCAGGUUUGACGUCAGGUUUGAGGUCAGGUUUGAGGUCAGGUUUGAUGUCAGGUUUGAGGUCAGGUUUGAGGUCAGGUUUGAGGUCAGGUUUGAGGUCAGGUUUGACGUCAGGUUUGAGGUCAGGUUUGAGGUCAGGUUUGACGUCAGGUUUGACGUCAGGUUUGACGUCAGGUUUGAGGUCAGGUUUGACGUCAGGUUUGAGGUCAGGUUUGAGGUCAGGUUUGACGUCAGGUUUGAGGUCAGGUUUGAGGUCAGGUUUGACGUCAGGUUUGACGUCAGGUUUGACGUCAGGUUUGAGAUCAGGUUUGACGUCAGGUUUGACGUCAGGUUUGACGUCAGGUUUGACGUCAGGUUUGACGUCAGGUUUGACGUCAGGUUUGAGUUAGGUUGGAAGGAGGGGGGGGACGGGGGUAGGAGGGAGGUACGACGGGGGGAGGAGUGGAGAGGAGGGGGGGAGGACGGGGGGCGGACGGGGGAGGAAGGUAGGAAGACGGGGGGAGGACGGGGGAUGAGGGGGGGAGGACGGGGGGAGGUUGGUGGUGUGGGAGUAACGGACGGGACGCCUGCUCUGCUCUGCGUGGGUACACGGCGCUCUCCAGCAGCAGCGGCGGCUGGGAGCGCUGCAUGCCUUGCUUGCUGA